CGCACACAGAAACCUUACGAGGGUACAAUAAUAAUAGAACGCAAAGACGGAUCGCUCGCGAAAGUUCACGUGGAAAACUUGAUGGUACAACGAUCAGUCGAGGUUGACAAUUAUAUGCAAUUAUCGUCACAACUAUAUUUUAGCGAAUUAUCUAAUUCUUAUAGAAUUAUAUAAUUAUUAUAAAAUUUCAAACACGCGCGCGCAUACAUAUAGCUCACACACAUAAGAUAAUACGUUUGUUGCUUUUUAGAUUCAAAAAUAUCGACACGAUUAUAUUUUAGCAAAAUAUAUAAUUAUUAUAACAUAUCUCAAGUAUAUAUAGCUCACACACACAUAAGAUGACACGUUGCUUUUUAAAUUCAAAACUUUGAACGUAUUUUGAUGAAGAGGUGGAGAAGUAUUUUAACAAAACAUGCAAUGUGUAUGUGUGUGUGUGUGUUGAGAGGGAGAAUUAUAUAGAGAAAUUUCAACGUGUAUAUAUAUAUGUGUAUACAUACAUACCAUCACACACACACACACACAUACACAUAUAUAUAUAUAAUCAUCAUUUUAGAGUCUCAAGACUAUAUUAAUUGUAUUGGAGUUAUGUAGAAGUGAAAAUAAUGCGUUCAGAAAAAUUCAUUUUAUUUCAAUAAACACCUAAUAAUUGUCAUUAAAUAAACAUUUAUGGAUAAUGAGAAUUUAUUCGACAUAAGUAACAUGGUUUAAAUUCAAGUAUAAUCGACGAUUACAAAAUCGAUAUACUCGAUCUUUCAAAUCGAUAUGUGCGAUUAGCGUUAGCCGCGAGUUUAAAAUAAUCACGUGACUGUCGGACUGUCCUGUAAAGUCGGACGCGACUCGAAACAGCUGUGGUCUGUUCUUUUCAGCUGCUGAACUGGUGCAAUAAGUUAAAGUGAGACAAGUAUAUUUUUUCUCACUCUAACUUAUUGCACCAGUGCAGCAGUGCAGCUGAAAAGUACAGAUCAUAGAACGGUUUGCUUCACGCACAUUGUCAGUAGUUGUCAUAAGCCUUCUCUGAUGGGUCGACGGCAACAUCGUGAUGGUUAAUAUCGGCGAUAAGUCAUCUCGAGGAGUAUCAACACAUCUGUCAUGGAAGAGAGCCUCGAGGAGAGCCUGGUUGAAGAAACGGAGGACGAUGCCACGGAGUUGACGGCGCAGGAUGCGCUCCAGGCGAUCGAGAACGCCUGGAUGAACGAGAAAUUCGCGCCGGAGAUCCUGCCGCAUCAGUCCAACCUCGUGGACUGCAUGCUGCAGCAGAUCGCGCACAUGGAGAAGAACAUUAAGAGGUUAGAUCGCAGCGACCUGCGUGCGCUGGUACACCGUAUGGAGGUCGACCGUAUCAGAUACGUGAUCUCCAGCUACCUGCGCACCCGUCUGGAGAAGAUCGAGCGCUACACCCUGCACAUCCUGUCGGAGGAGGCCGAUCGCAGCGAGGACGAGUGUUACUUGACGCCUAGCGAGCUGCGCUUCGCCAGGGAGUUCCUCGCCGGCAUGGAGACGCUCUUCAAGACGGUGGCGUUGCAGCACAUGCCGCCGAACUUCCAGCGUUUCGAGGUGAACAAAUUCACCGUCAAGCCAAACAUGCAAGCGCACGUGUUCCUGCGCGCGAACCAACGAGUCACCGGUAUCGUUCUACCUGGUGCGCUGAACGAGGAGAUAGACUUCGAGGCUGGCUCGCAGCACAUUAUUCAGUACGGCGUAGUCGCGCACUUAGUUAAGUCUGGUGUGGUUCAACUGAUUUGAUGUUUUUUCAUAAAAAGUGAUGCGAGUGUGAAUGGGAAGGAAAAAUGUGAUCUUUUUUCUCCCUAUGGAACAAUAUAUUACUUUAUUUGUAUAUAUUACAAAAUCUCAGUAAUCAUUGUUGAGAGAAGAAUUUGACAGCCCUUGUCAUGCAAUAUUUCUAUAAAAACCAAUACAAAAUAGUAAUUGUUAACUCUAUUGAGAGCUUUUUGUUCUGAAGCUUUCCACGUCAUCAACUUUGGCUGGAUGUUUACUGUAUAAAAUAUUACUCAUAACAUUGUAAUAAAGACAGCUCCAUUAUAAACAGUAAACUAAAGUAA